AUGUCCGGGAGCUACGGCUCUGCCAGCGCCAGGCGGGCAUCUGGCGGAUAUGGCGGCUCUGGAACCUCCCCAAAGACUCGGGAGGCUACCAUGGCUACCACGCGGGAGAGACCCAGUUUCCGACAAGAAGCUUCAACAGCAGGCAGAGCACCCCACGGUGGAAAGGUUCACGAAGUGCCCGUGAGCGCUGCAAAUCUACAGCAGAUCGAAGAAGCAGCCCGAUCUGGGCUUGGCAAACGGACAUCCUUGCCCAGCCGAGCAAAGGCAGCGCUCGCUCGUGCCGAAGGUGCCGCCAGCCGACGGAAGGGUAGUCCAGGCAGCCCAGGUGCCAAGGUUCCACACCCAAAGACUGCCGCGCCAGCGGACGUUGGCAAAAACUUGCUUGGACUCGACUUUGCGUUGCUAGCACAAAGGGCAGCGCCAAGCUCCAAGAAUCGUUUGGAACAGAUUCUUCAGCAACUGAGCGACGAGAUCAGCAAGAUUGCAUCCCAGUUUGAUCAUGAGCAGGCUUCUUCGUCCGAGCUGCAUGCAGAUGAGGGGGAGGGCUCGGCCGACACAGCCAGUGCGGCCACCACUGUUCCCAUGCACCAGCCAAGCCCAAGCGUUGAGACUAGGAUUGUGGAGCGUCUUUGUGACAAAGUCCAGGGCAUGCACAGCGCGUUGCAACAACGAGACUCAGUGGACGACCCAGUGAGUGCAGAGGAUGGUCUCAAAGUAGAUGCACAUCGCCUGUCGCAGCUGGAGAACUUGAUCAGCAGCUUGCAGGCCAAAGUCGAGACCCUGCCACGCUACGACCGCUACGAGCUUGCCGAGACGCAGACUGUCCGAAACGACCGGCUCCGCAUCGAAACCAGUGAGCUCCAGCAGCAGAAGGAUGCACUACAAGCCGAAGUCAUGCAAUUGCAGAGGCAGAAGCAGGCACUGAGCACUCAAGGUGCAUCUGGGACCAGGUUGUGCGGAGUUCCACCAGCCUGUGCUUCAGCAUGUGCGCAGACUGUCCCAGGCCAGCUUUCAGGCAGAGAAGUUAAGGGGCAGGCGGGCAAUGUGUUGAUCCCUCAGCUGCAGCUGGGUCAGCUCAAGGUCACAGACGUGGCAGCCAGUGUCUCUCCACCCCAGUCGGGAAGGACAGAUAACCAAGCAAGGACCCUCACCCUCCCUGUGGGGCUCCCUGUCGGUUGCUCCUUUGCAGUGUCCUCCCCACGAGGACGUGUGCCUGAGCCUUGCUCAGCCCGAGCGCUGCAGGCCAUGGCCCCCUUGCCCAAUGGCCCCAAUGGCCCCAAUGGCGCCAAUGUUCCGGGCGCAGUCCUGCGGAUUGCGGGAAGCCCACCGCCAGCUCGAUGGGGGAACGCCCCUGGCGUGGUGCAGCCACAGCCCUGUGUCCCGUACGUGCUUCACCACACGCACCGUGCAGUGACGCCAUCUCAGUCCGUGGCCCCAGGCCACCCAGACAUGAGGGACUUUCGAUGGACUUACCAGACUCCACAUCAAGUGCAGCAUGGAAUGCAAGUGAAGCUGCGGUAG